AACUCCAGCACAUCUUGAAUCUGUUAACUCUUUUCUGACCAUACCCAAGUUCCACCCAGCUUUGAACUCUGCUGCUCUGGCGGGGCUACUCAGACUGAAGGCUUGAAGGCAGAGGCACCAUCUGGAGGAGAUAGAUUCCCAGACCCAGCCUGCCUGAGGCAUGGGUGGAGUGUGAGCCUCUCGGUCCUGAGCCAGACAGGUCGCCUGGCACUCUCUUAGUCCCCCUGAGCUCACCACCUUGCUGGCCGAGCUGAGCUAAGCCCGGGGUUGGCUCUGCUUUUCUGCACCUCUUGCCUUCAGGGUUGGCCAUGCCUGGACACAAGCAUGAGCUCUGGGUUUAUAGAUCUCAGGCUCUCUUGGCUCGAGGCCGAAGGCUAGCCGCCUGUGAAAGCAGAUCAACGCUUCUAGAGAACCCAUUUGCACUGGGGACUCAGCCCUCUCUUUUUCCUGGCGAGGCUUAUGAACCUGUCACCAAGCCAGUGCCUCGGAAAGGAGGAAGUGCGGUGGGGCUCAAAGGAUACAUGGCGCCCGCCCCCAGCUAGCUGCUCUUCAGAUGAUCUGCAACCAAGUUGGCUGAUAAAAUAUUUAGUAACGACCCAGUAAACAUGACUGCAAAUACAUUAAAGCACUUCAGCGCGACAGCUUAUGAUUAUUUCAAAACUUAAAAAGGAGAUCAUAGAUUGUCACUGUUUCUGUACCCCUGCCGGAAACCGAACCUUCCCGAGGUGGGUUGCUGGGUGGGUUAACUGCUUUGCCUCCUCUUCUCCUCUCUUAACGCUGUGGCUUUCAGCGGCAGAGGUUUGUUUAUUUAUUUAUUUACUCGUGUAGUUUAAAGGUGGGGGAGGGGGCGGCAAGGACACGCAAUACCGAUUCAACAAAGCACAGGCUCAGGUGUGUGUGCUUCUGUGUAUUAACUGGAAAAGACAGACUCUGGAAGUUUUACAGGGCGAGAAGAGGCCACCGGCUCGCGCUUUGUAUACUUUGCACUUGAAAUCGUUACAUUCAACUGAAUAUUUGGCUCAUUCAGAUCCGAAAAGUCUCCUAGCAUCAUCGAAUUCCCUCCUCCGCCCCUCCUCUCUAAAGAGAGGGGGGGGGGUAAGGAACUGUUUAGUAAAUUGCACAUCUUUGAAUCUUCCUGAAGCAGUGGUCACAAAGCUUAAAGGUGACAUAACAGAGCUCACGUAAACCAACACACUUUCCCCACCCCCCAAGCCAACAAUAAAAUCAUCCCCUUCAAUUUGCCAUGAUCGUCGCGACCAGGAGCCAGGUGAUUAUCCUAAUUAAUGUCUAUCUAAUUAAAUUACUGUCAGCAGCUAACCAAUGGCAAGAGCCGUUUCAUCGGCUGCAUAAGCAGCAAGAUCAAAAGUGAGCCUUUUCUGAUUGCUGCAUAGUGUCAAUUGGCCAAUCUCUUCUCCCAGGGAAAAAAAAAAGUAAAUCAAACCUUUGAGAAGCAUUUGCUGGUUGAAGUGCUUUCUGUCUAGUGAGGGGUCUGUGGAUUCCUAGUGUAUGAUAAACAGGACUUUAAAACCCAGGGACGGGAGGGCCAGCGUUCAGGUUCUAGAGCUAUGCAGCUGGAGCAUUGCCUCUCUCCUUCUAUCAUGCUCUCCAAGAAAUUUCUCAAUGUGAGCAGCAGCUACCCACAUUCGGGCGGAUCUGAGCUUGUCUUGCAUGAUCAUCCCAUUAUCUCGACCACUGACAACCUGGAGAGAAGUUCACCUUUGAAAAAAAUUACCAGGGGGAUGACGAAUCAGUCAGAUACAGACAAUUUUCCUGACUCCAAGGACUCACCAGGGGACGUCCAGAGAAGUAAACUCUCUCCUGUCUUGGACGGGGUCUCUGAGCUUCGUCACAGUUUCGAUGGCUCUGCUGCAGAUCGUUACCUACUCUCUCAGUCCAGCCAGCCACAGUCUGCGGCCACCGCUCCCAGUGCCAUGUUCCCGUACCCCAGCCAGCACGGACCGGCGCAUCCCGCCUUCUCCAUCGGCAGCCCCAGUCGCUACAUGGCCCACCACCCGGUCAUUACCAACGGAGCUUACAACAGCCUGCUGUCCAACUCUUCGCCGCAGGGCUACCCCACGGCCGGCUACCCCUACCCACAGCAGUACGGCCACUCCUACCAAGGAGCCCCUUUCUACCAGUUCUCCUCCACCCAGCCCGGGUUGGUGCCCGGCAAGGCGCAAGUAUACCUGUGCAACAGGCCACUUUGGCUGAAAUUUCAUCGGCAUCAAACGGAGAUGAUCAUCACUAAACAGGGAAGGCGCAUGUUUCCCUUUUUGAGUUUUAACAUUUCUGGUCUCGAUCCCACCGCUCAUUACAAUAUUUUUGUGGAUGUGAUUUUGGCGGAUCCCAAUCACUGGAGGUUUCAAGGAGGCAAAUGGGUUCCUUGUGGCAAAGCGGACACCAAUGUGCAAGGAAACCGGGUCUAUAUGCAUCCGGAUUCCCCCAACACUGGGGCUCACUGGAUGCGGCAAGAAAUCUCUUUUGGAAAAUUAAAACUUACCAACAACAAGGGAGCAUCAAACAACAAUGGGCAGAUGGUGGUUUUACAGUCCCUGCACAAGUACCAGCCCCGUCUGCACGUGGUGGAAGUGAAUGAGGAUGGCACAGAGGACACCAGCCAGCCAGGCCGAGUCCAGACGUUCACUUUUCCGGAGACUCAGUUCAUCGCUGUCACCGCCUACCAGAACACGGAUAUUACACAACUAAAAAUAGAUCAUAACCCCUUUGCAAAAGGAUUUCGAGAUAACUAUGACACGAUCUACACGGGCUGCGACAUGGACCGCUUGACCCCGUCGCCCAACGACUCUCCGCGCUCGCAGAUCGUGCCCGGCGCCCGCUACGCCAUGGCCGGCUCUUUCCUGCAAGACCAGUUCGUGAGCAACUACGCCAAGGCCCGCUUCCACCCGGGCGCCGGCGCGGGUCCCGGGCCGGGCACGGACCGCAGCGUGCCGCACACCAACGGGCUGCUGUCCCCGCAGCAGGCCGAGGACCCGGGCGCGCCGUCGCCGCAGCGCUGGUUCGUCACGCCGGCCAACAACCGGCUGGACUUCGCGGCCUCGGCCUACGACACGGCCACGGACUUCGCCGGCAACGCGGCCACGCUGCUGUCGUAUGCGGCCGCGGGCGUGAAGGCGCUGCCCUUGCAGGCCGCGGGCUGCACGGGCCGCCCGCUCGGCUACUACGCCGACCCUUCGGGCUGGGGCGCGCGCAGCCCCCCGCAGUACUGCGGCGCCAAGUCGGGCUCCGUGCUCCCCUGCUGGCCCAACAGCGCCGCGGCCGCCGCGCGCAUGGCCGGCGCCAACCCCUAUCUGGGCGAGGAGGCCGAGGGCCUGGCGGCCGAGCGCUCGCCGCUGGCGCCCGCCGCCGAGGACGCCAAGCCCAAGGACCUGUCCGACUCCAGCUGGAUCGAGACGCCCUCCUCCAUCAAAUCCAUCGACUCCAGCGACUCGGGGAUUUACGAGCAGGCCAAGCGGAGGCGGAUCUCGCCGGCUGACACGCCGGUGUCUGAGAGCUCGUCCCCGCUCAAGAGCGAGGUGCUGGCCCAGCGGGACUGCGAGAAGAACUGCGCCAAGGACAUAGGCGGCUACUAUGGCUUCUACUCGCACAGCUAGGCCGCCAGCCCGCUCGCCCGCCCGCCCGUGCCCCCGGCCCCCCAGCUCGGCCCCACGUCCUCCUUCCCAGGCCCGUUCUAGCGCACUCGCUCUUUCACUUGACCCUCGAUGACCGUCUGCGGGGAUAAGUGCAGGUCUCUCACUAUGAUUUUAAAACUCUUCUUUUUUCUUUCUUUCUUUCUCUCUACACAGCCUUCUCUGCAGUUAGCGCACCGACCUUGAACCUGGCUGUAAACCUUGUGGUUUUCCAACUUUUCGUCUGUGAGGUUAUGAUCCUCCCUGUCUUUUUUCCACCCCCUUCUCCUUGCCCCACUCAUCCUCUCCUUUCUCUUGGAAUGAAACUCUUCAACUUUAGGAGACCUGGGCAAUCCUGCCAGGCAGCAGCGAUUCCGACCCGCCUUGUCUUGGCCUCCCUAUUUAACCAUAGGAUGUUGACUCUAGAACCUGCACCCACCCAGCGCGUCCUUUCUUAUACCCGAGUGGAUGGAUGGAUGGAUGGAUGGAUGGUAGGGAUGUUAAUACUUUUAGUGGAACAAAGCCUGUGAAAUGAUUGUAUAUAGUGUUAAUUUAUUGUAACGAAUGGCUAGUUUUUAUUCUCAUUGUCAAGGCACAAAACCAGUUCACGCUUAACUUUUUAUUCCUUUCCUUUCUUCUCCUUUUCUUUUUCUCCUCUCAUUCUUUCUCUUCUCCCACACCCUUUGUUUUCUUGUGAGUUAUUAAAGAUAUUCUAAGAGGCUCUGGAAACACGAAGCACUUCAUAGUGGUGGCUUUCUCACUUCUCAGUUCGUUGCAUGAUGUAACCACUGUGUGCCCUGGUGCACACAAUGUAGCUAAGGAGAAUCCACCUGAACACCUGUAAAAGCUAGUUGUCUGUUCCUAGGCGAGUCGAGUAAGUGACACGAUGCCUGCCAGGCGGACUUAACUGGAGUUCUAUGUGUUUCUCCCUUCCUUCUAAAUGGAAUGGCCCCACAUCAGCAAUAUUAUUUUGCCUUAUUUGUUUUUCCCCAAAGUGCCAAAUCCAUUACUGGUCUGUGCAGGUGCCAAAUAUGCUGAUAAACUGUUUCUGACUAUCUUUUCAGACCCCACUCCACCUUUAUAUGCUGUAAAUCUUUGUAAUGAGUAAUCUACUAAUGAUAUAGAUGACUGAAUUGUUGGUAACUAUAGUGUAGUCUAGUGAAGAUGAAUUGUGUGAGUUGUAUAUUUUACUGCAUUUUAGUUUGAAAAACGAUUCCCCCACCACUUAGAGACAGCUGAAAUUUGACUUUCUUGGGAAAACACUAGCAUUAUUGCAAGUAAGACUGAUUCCCCCCAAGUCUUGUUAUAUUUGAUAAGGAGCAUUAAUCCCCCUGGAAAUAGAUUAGUAGGAUUUCUAAUGUUGUGUAGCAAACUUAUACUUUUUUUGUACUUUAAAAUCAAUGUGAAAUAUGCAUCAUACACAAUAUUCAAUCUAGAUUCCAGUCUAUGGGGGGAUUUGUCCUAAUAGGAAUUCAGGGUCUAAACGUGGGUAUACUUUGGCUCUCCUGUAAAUCAAAUGUUGUGAUUUUUUAUAUUUGUUUUGUUUUGUCUGUGAAUUGAAUAAUUUAUACAAGUACACACUCCACUGAGAAUCGUUUUGUUUUCUGCUCGUUUGUAUCGUCUGUGUAUAACAAGUAAAAUAAAUCUGGUAAAAUGCUAAA